AUGGAGUUCUCUGAAAACGAGGAGCUAGUGAAAGGUCAAGGAAAAAUGAACCAGUUAGGAGGGAUGUUCAUUAACGGUCGUCCCCUGCCCACCCAUCUCCGCCUUAAGAUUGUGGAGCUGGCUGCGCGAGGGAUGAGGCCUUGUGCCAUCAGUCGUCAACUCCGGGUCUCGCACGGCUGUGUCAGUAAGAUUCUGCUCAGGUAUCAAGAGACCGGCAGUGUUCGCCCGGGCUUGAUCGGUGCCAACAAAAGGCUCGCCAGUUCGGAAGAUGAGCUGGAUAGAGAAAUGGAGAAAGGUGAUCCGAGCUCAGACAGCGAUUCCCAGGAUUCUAGUCAAAACAAAGAAAACAAGUACUGUACAGAACCCGGUUUCCAGUUCACCAGGAAGCUGAGGCGAAGUCGGACAUCUUUUUCACCGGAUCAGCUAGAAAUUCUCGAGAAAGCUUUCCAGCGGAAUCACUACCCAAACGUCAUCACGCGAGAAAACCUGGCGAGUCUGACAAAGCUGGCCGAGGCGAGAAUCCAGGUAUGGUUUAGCAACCGACGGGCAAGAUGGCGGAAGAGCAGGAGUGAGGCCGCCAGCAAGAACAGCAACAACAACAGCAACUGUGCAUAUGGUGAUAUCUUCUCCAGUACUGGUGCUUAUCAGCCGUCCCAAGAAGCCAAAUCCACCAUUAGUUACCUACCCAAAGAUUAUCCCGCCCCUGUAUGCCCGGAAGCCAGGAACCAUCCAUUUGCCCAAGCCGUUCCACAGCUGAACCAGAACAACCUUGGGAGUAAAGGAGACUUUACAAACCUGGAUCACCAUCAAUCGCAGUUCACUCAGUCGCCCUACUGGCGUGCACUUCUUCCUAACACGAUCUCAGAUGAAAUGAUGUCGAACAGUAGUGUUGGAACUACACAGAGGUCAGCUGGAUGGCUUCCCGCCAUGGACACUGGGCUCGGAAAAUACUUACCGAACUCUCAGUGGAACGGCCUUUCUCAUUGGUCUAGCGAGUCUAACUAUCCAAUCACUCACAGCUGCCAGCUCUACAAGGUCCCAGAUAUGACGUCCACCUCGUACCGCCUGUCCCAUGUAAUUACGCCCAGUCAAGGAGAAGUUGACGUAACCUACAACCAGCAGUAUUUCUCGUCAGAGCCGGAGUUGCGUUCAUCCGUCUGCGAAUCUCCCGUCAGCAGUCGAGGAACCCUUAGUCCGGAAAUUCCCGAAUACACCCGAGACUACAGUUGGACCUUGAAUCUUGCCGAUCUCUGUUCUUCCACUGAUUUCGAGAGUAGCAGCGGGACGAAAUUCCUUCAUCCUUGUAUAGCUGGUGUUAUUGGGGAGACAACAGCAUCCUUAUCGAACAAUGAAGUCUUUCCAUAUUCGUCCAUGUUCAAGAAUGCUGCCGUGAGUGGGUUUAGCGACUAUUACGACAACCAGAGGACGUUAACCUGUCUCUAA